ACUAUCGUUCAACAAACAGAGGCGAGAACCCAAAAUUUGAGGCAGAUAAUAAAUAAAUAAAAAGAUAAAUUAUAUGCUAGGAAUGGCAAGCAUAGAGUUCUGUGGGGAAGUAGGCCCUAGUUGAAGAAAUGAAGCUUCAGGCAAACCCUUAAGUCCAAUCUGUGACUGCACCUUAAAGAACCAAAUACCAAUAGACCAUUCUGCUUCCAUCCCCACCCUAUUCCUCCUUAACCCAUGGUUACAGUAUCUCCUCGAAGCAUUUUCAACAUCGGCAUACCUUAGCAAACAUAGUACUUGAUAGAGAACUCGGAUUCAUAACUACAACAUGGCAGCCGUACUACGACAUCAACUAGGAAAUGAAGAGAGAAGUAACUCAGAAAUGAAGCAAAAAAACACGAAUACCGUCGUCUCUGGCGGCGUUGGCUUCGGAGCGGAGCUGGUGAAGCUGAGAUCGGAGAUGGUCGGAACUGGGUUUGACGCUGCAAGCCAAGCACAGAGAAGGGAUACCGAGAGGCCUUCGAGGAGAACUGUGCCUGUAAACAGGGGUUACCAUGGAAGGAACACAGUGCGCUCCUUGCAACUGCAAGCCCAUUCUUCUGCCCUUCCGGGGAAUGGCUCGUGCUGUUCCCUGUAGCGCACGCCCCUCGUCGGCAACGUUGAUCAAUUGUUUGCUACUUUGCUUCAAUUUGGAUAACAAUCCUUCUCCCUCUCCCCAUGUUAACCUUGCUUUUCAGCUCAACUUUCUUCUAUAAAAAAAUUUUCUACAAAAAACUGAAAAGGUCAACAAGUAGUGAUGACAAAAAUAUUCGUAACCGUUGAUAUCCACCCGAAUCCGGCCUAAUCGGGUAGGGUAAAACCCGAACCCGAAAGACAUUUAGUGGGUACGGGUAAAACCCGAACCCGAAUAUUGUGGGUAAUGGGUGGACAUGGAUUUCUCACUAUCCAACCCGAAUCCUCCUGAUUAUACAAAUGCAUAUGUAUUUUCUCUAAAUACAAAUGCAUAUGUAUUUAUAUUUAGCAUAUAAGUAUAAUAUUUCAUGAAAUUGUGUUGUUUUAAUUAAUUUUUUUCAUUCUAGUGAAUUAUUGUCGUACUUUUCCUCUUACGUAAUGUGAAAAUUCGGGUGAAUGUUAACAUAUUGGUUGAAGUUAUGAAGAGAAAUGAUUACCCAUGGAUAACCGUGGAUACCCGAAACCCGAACGGGUAUGGGCAUGGUUUUGAUUUUCUACCCGUUUCACAUGUGGCUAUGGGUAUGGAUAAAACCCGACCUACUUUGGGUAGGGUAACGGAUAUGCACUAUCCGCCCCCGACCCAACCCAUUGCCAUCCCUAUCAACAAGAGAAGUUCGAGAGAUGAAAUAGAACCAGAUAGGCAAGUAAAGUAAGUUUAGGGGUAAUUAUCAUUUUAUCAAAAUUAUUCACUUCGUAGAAGAUUGUGAUAAACUUUUAAUUUUGCAGGUUUCAAUAAUAUAUGUUUGGACAAAUAAGAGUAUAAUAUUUUGGCUUAGGGAUGGCAAUAAAACCCGAACCCACGAGUACCCAUCCGACCCAACCCGGUCAACGCGAGUAAAACCCGUGUUGACGGGUUUUGGGUCGGGUUCGGGUUUAAACCCGUUACAUUAUUCACCGGGUCGGGUUGGGUUUGGGUUUAGGUAAACCCGCCCUAUGGGUACCCGCCAACACACAUAUAAUUACUUUUCCGAUAUAUUUAAUAUUCUAAAUAAUAUAUCUUCCUUAAAUAACUAAUAUUCUAUAUGUUUGUGGAGACAUGUUCUAAUUGUUUAGAAUGAAGUUAAUAUUAUGAAGUGGAGAGUGAAGAAACUUAGUUGAUGAGGAAGAAGUUUCAAUUAAUAUUAUUGUUUAUAUAUGUUUAUCUUUAAUUUUGAACAAUUUGUAUUGAUCAUUUGCGGUUUGCUUGUAUGCUCUAGAUUGAUGUUUUUUGUAUAAGAAAAUUGAUGUUAAACUUUUAUUUUGAAAGAAACUUGUUAUUGUAAAAUUUUACCACAAAAACCCACGGGUACCCAUGAACUCGCGGAUACCUAGCGGGUUGGGUUGGGUUUGAGUUUUUCAAACCCAACGGGUUUUACCCCGGGUUUUUUUGGCGGAUAAACCCAUGGGUUUGGAUUUGGGUUUGACAAAACCCGCCCCAACCCGACCCAUUGCCAUCCCUACUUUGGCUGCCACUUAAGUUUUAGAAUUGGGGUAGAUAUAUCACUUAAGUUUUGAAUAGGGCGUCGGAUACCACUAAACUCUAUUAUAUGUUCACCCGGUACCACUUAAGUUUACUCCUAAUUGCAUUUCGUUAAAAUUGACAGAAUAUUCUUGAAAUAUUCCGUUUUCUUAAUUUCAUAAUUGCUCCUUCUACUUUUCUUAUUGUAAAAAAAUCAUUUGGACUUAUGAAAAACAUCAUUUUUUAUUGUUUAGUUAGAAUCAUCUUUUGAAUACUUAAUACCAAACCAAUUUUUGAAUAGAAAAUUUAAAAUCAAUUAUCAUUAUAAUUAUUUUCAAUUAUCAUUAUGUGUUCUAAUAAUUUAAUUAUUCCAUG